AAAUAGUAAGAUUGAUAGUGGUUUUCAUACAUUCAAUAUUUUUCUCCAUAUUAAUUUGAUAUCCAAUUCUAACCACAAUAUGUAUGAAAAAACCACCAUACAAUUACUUGCAAUUUGCAAAUAUUCUAUUUCGACUAGUAUCACUAUUCACUAAAUUAAAGUAAAUCCCAAUGCAAAAAUGUCCAAAAAAAAAAAAAGAAAAAAGAAAAGAACGAAGAAUAACGACCCCUGAAUGUUCGACGGGUUUAAUUUAGGGUUUAUCUCUCAAAUUUAGGCAUAAAUCCCUAAAACUGCGAAUCAUGGACUCAUCUGAGGCGCAGAAAUGCGAUGUUGCUCCUGCCACUGCUACCGCAUACCUCGACCCAAACUACUGGGAUAAGAGGUUUGAUGGAGAAGAGCAUUACGAGUGGUUCAAAGACUACUCUCACUUUCGUCACCUAACUCUCGAAUACAUUAAUCCCAAGUCCGCUGUAUUAGAGGUAGGAUGUGGGAAUUCUCAGCUGUGUGAAGAGCUCUAUAGAGAUGGAAUUACUCAUCUUACCUGCAUUGAUUUGUCAUCGGUUGCUGUUGAGAAGAUGAAGCAACGAUUAUCAACCAAGGGCUAUAAAGAAAUAAAAGUGCUGGAAGCUGAUAUGUUACAGCUGCCUUUUGAAGAUGAAUGUUUUGAUGUGGUCAUAGAGAAAGGAACCAUGGAUGUAUUAUUCGUGGACUCUGGAGACCCCUGGAAUCCAGAACCUGUGACAGUUAGCAAAGUUAUGGCAAUGCUUGAAGGUGUUCAUAGAGUUUUGAAACCCAAUGGUAUCUUCAUCUCCAUCACCUUUGGCCAGCCGCAUUUCAGGCGACCUUUCUUCAGUGCUCCCGCAUUUACUUGGUCAACUGAAUGGAAAACGUUUGGCGAUGGGUUUCAUUAUUUCUUCUAUAUAUUAAAGAAGGGCGAGAGAUCAUCAGACGGCACCGAGUGUACUGAAAAGACUGAUGUGCCAUCCCUCUCUCUUUACCAUGAAGAAUUGGAGAGUGAAGACUAUCUAUUUCGUACGAAUCUGGAUGAGUUGUAAAAUCAGAAUUCUGGACUCCUCGUAACCUUGCUUCUUACAAUUGAUAAAAGUAUAGUGACUGCUGCUGUUAUUGCCUUCUAUUUUCCGAAUCUUCAGAUUAUUUAUAGUUCAUGCAUCAAAUGAAACUUCCAAUCUUGUAGUUCA